AGAGAAAGAGAAAAGUGUUAAUAAGAAAAAACGUCUGAUUCAGUGUGUAACAAAAAAAAUUAUUUCUGGAAUAUUUUUUGCUGAAAAAAGCAAUACAAUAUUAAUUGGCCAAAUUAAGAACGUUUCAAAAUUAACUAAAAAGUUUUAUUAUCGAAUAAUAUGACAGCACCGCGACGUUUACGCAAGGAACUAACAGAUUUACAGCAAUGUCAACUAAAAUCUUUUCGCGAAAUUGCCACUGAUGACGAUAAUCUAUUGCGUUGGACUGGUUUAAUUGUACCCGAUAACGCACCCUACAAUAAGGGAGCAUUUCGCAUUGAAAUAAAUUUUCCAGCGGAAUAUCCCUUUAAGCCACCAAAGAUCAAUUUCAAAACGAAAAUCUAUCACCCGAACAUUGAUGAAAAGGGCCAAGUGUGCUUGCCAAUUAUAAGUACGGAAAACUGGAAACCUGCCACACGUACGGAUCAAGUUAUAAAUUCUCUUAUAGCUCUGAUUAAUGAUCCAGAACCCGAGCAUCCAUUGCGCGCAGAUUUGGCGGAAGAGUUCUUAAAGGAUCGCAAAAAGUUUAUGAAAAAUGCUGAAGAUUUUACCCGCAAGAACAGUGAAAAGAGGCCAGCUGAUUAGUGACAAGUGACGAGCAAAAAAUACAUAUAAAUUUAAUAAAACAAAGACUUUUUGAACCAAAAUUGUCAUUAAAUACUUUUUCUUUUUGCUAAGCAUUAUUGUACACGAUUUUAUUUGCGAAUUUCAUUUUAUUUUCUUAAGCAUCCUCCUGCCUGACUGUCUUCUGCGAGUACACAACCAACUUGCUACUGUAGCAGAAAGAAAGAACCUACUACCAAGAAAAAGUACUUUAACAUCUUGUAAUGAUGAUGUCCUUCAUAACAUAAAUACAUAUAAUUUUUUUAUUUUCUUUUAUUUUUAAUUCAUUAUUUUUUCCUCAUACGACAUUUUUUUAACUUAAUUUCAUAUUGUUUAAGGAAAUUCAAUUUUGAACAGCUAAUAAUGUAUUUAAAUAUACACAAAUGAAAUUGAAAACAAAAGUUUUAAAUAAAAUUGUGUAUUUCAUUUGA